CUGACUUCUGCCUUGAGUUCCCUGGGGAGAGUGAUCCACACUUGUGAAAUAUAAAAGACUGGUACAAAGUCUCCCUCGUUCAUAAGAAGAUCCAAAUCCUGAUGUGAAAUGAGUACAGACUUCCAGAGACUCCUUUUUGACAUUUCUGAGGCUUUGGUCACAGAUGAACUGGUGUCUCUGAAGUUCCUCAGCCUGGACUACAUAGCCGCGAGGAAGCUGGAAGCCAUCCAGGAGCCCAAGGCCUUCUUUGAGGCGCUGCAGGAGAAAGGCAUGAUCGAGGCAGGGAACCUGUCCUUCCUGAAGGAGCUGCUCUACCGCAUCGGUCGGAUCGACCUCCUGGAAGCCCAGCUGGGCUCCAGCCGAAAAGAGAUGGAGAGGGAGCUUCAGAUCCCAGGCAGGGCACAAGUGUCGGCCUACAGAUGCCUGCUCUUUCAGCUAUCAGAAGACAUCACUAAAGAUGAGCUGAAGUCUUUCAAGUUUCUUUUGGGGAAAGAAUUACCAAAAUGCAGGCUAAACCCUAAGACUACAAUGCUCGACGUUUUCAUUGAGAUGGAGAAGAAGGGGAUUUUGGGAGAAGACGACCUAAGUAUCCUGAAGAGUCUCUGUGCAAAAAUUAACAUCAGCCUGUUGAAGAAAAUUGAAGAGUAUGAAUUUGGUGAAGAAGAGAUGCUCAUCACAGGGGAACAGAGGGGCAGCAGAGGAGGCCCUGAAGCCCAUGUCAGAUGGCUGGCGUCAUCUGUGGCAUCUGAUUCUCCUGGCAGUUGGAAUGAAUCUUCCCAGCUUGAAGCUUACAAAAUGACUAGCCGACCCCGUGGAGUGUGCCUGAUCCUGAAUAAUCACAGUUUUGCAAAAGCCAGGGAAGCAGUGCCAGAACCCAAAAAUAUGAAAGAUCGAAACGGGACGAACGUGGAUGCAGCGGCUCUAAGAAGAGUCUUUAGCAAGCUUCAUUUUACAAUAGCAGAAUACAAUGACCUCACCGCAGAGGAGAUCCGUAAGACUGUGAACAUCUACCGCUGUGAAGACCACAAGAACAAGGACUGUUUCGUUUGCUGUAUCCUGUCUCAUGGGAAAAAAGGCAUUAUAUAUGGUGUUGAUGGGCAGGAAGUACCUAUCCAGGAACUGACCACUUCUUUCACUGGACAGAAUUGCCGCUCACUUGCUGGAAAACCAAAAGUCUUUUUUGUUCAGGCCUGCCAAGGUGAUGCUUGCCAGCAAGGUGUGACCGUAGAAACAGAUGCUGGAGAGGAAGAUUAUUCUGUAGAAACAGAUGCAAAAUUUCAGCUUGACUGCAUUCCCGCAGAGGCAGACUUCCUCUUGGGCAUGGCUACCCUGCAAGAUUACGUUUCCUACAGAAGCCCAAGGGAGGGGACCUGGUACAUACAGGCAUUGUGCCAGCACUUGGAGUACAGCUGUCCUCGAGGAGAAGAUAUUCUCACCAUCCUGACAGCAGUGAAUCAAGAGGUGAGCAGAAAGAGUUGCAAGCCAAAUGCAGAGAAGCAGAUGCCACAGCCCAGUUUCACACUGAGGAAAAAGCUCAUCUUUCCUGUCAACUAAAUGGGAGGGAGCUGCAUGGCAGAGGGAGCUGCAGCAGCCUGAGAUCAGCUGCUAUCAGCUAAGACUUUGAUAAAACAUAACAAACUUUCAGUGUCUGUUCCUACCACAAGAGCACAGCUGAGGAGCAAAAGCAUAGAAAUCAGUGUUAAUGUGUAUGACACUUUAUACUUGAGAGCAUCUCUGAGCUGGUCUCCGUAUUGUGGUUUGCUAGCUAAAACAAGCUUUGUGUCUACAUUUCUGUUGCUUUAGUAAGGGGUCUUUCCAAUGCAAAUUUUAAGAAAACUGUUAAACAGCCUUUUGUAUUUUAUGCUUAACUUUUGCAAAAUAAAGGGGGGGAGCUGCUGCAAAUUUUAUAGGAUAUAGUCAAUCAGCUCACAUCAGUGUGUUUUGUUACUUCUCCCCACCACUCAAGUCAUUCUUUUUUAGUGUCUUGGUACACCUCAAGGAAGAGUCAAGUACUUGACCUCCAGCAUCCUCAGCAGGAUGUGGCUGUGACCUGCAUUUCAGAGAAUCCUCUACUUAGAGUAGUCUUCAGCUGUGAAAAUCAAUUGCUCAGGUACAGCUUCAUGGUUGAAGAUGUCCGGCUAUCCUGUGUUCACUUACCUUGCUGAUCUUUGAAUCUCAGUUCUAGGCACAGCAAAAGAAGAAGUUGCUAGAGAAGUACGCAGCUCCUUAAAAACAUUUUUGUAUUGCCUCUUGUGAUUCGUAUGCAAACAGAAGGGAGACUUUUACAAGCUCUGAGUAGAAGCUAAAGCUUUGUAAGUCUCAUUCAAAAGAUGAGAUGUUAUUUUUCUUACACCCUUGCUACAGCUUUCAGCAUUAGUCAUGGUAUCAAUGUAGGUGGUGAUUAUUUAACUGAACAGAUAGAUCUUCACAGGAAUUAUUUUAAGAGCCUAAGUCCUUCCCUGGACUCUUGUGUUGAAUGUUUCUCUCUUUGGUACCAGUUUGUGUCUGUGGCAGAGAGCUUGUAGACUGUGAGAAUGAUUAGAACCUUAACUGCAGAUGCAGCAAGCAGUUACAGAAACAGGCAGAUCUGUGCUUCCAAAUUCUGGGAAUAAUUUUGCAAUAUAGUUGUUGAUGUUCAUUUAGGGAUUCAUCAUGAAACUACUGAAAGUUGUGCUGAAGCAAGGACAGCUCAUAUACAGAAUUUUGUCUAUUACUUGGACAUGGCCAGAAAUAUAAGCAAACAAGCAUACUACUCCAUGGUCAAAAUAAUUAAUGCAACCUGUUUUACUGUGCAUUUUCCUCCUAGAUCCUUUCUCUCUACACAUACUGCUCAGCACUUUACCUUUUACAAGUCACCUGUGUUCUUCAGCAACUUUCCAGGACGUAUGCAUGCGUCCUGGGCUCCCUUCUUCCCCUGCUACACUACCCUGCCUGUCACACUGUAGGUGCAACCAGGAGCAGGCAGACCAAAAGUACCCAACUUUCUCACAGUUCCCUUUUGCUUAGAGGGGGAGGCUGGAUCAUCUUCAGGGAGCCAAGAGAUUCUGAACUCAGAGGCGUCAGACUGACGUCUUGCUCAUGCAGACAACUUUUUCCUUAGGAUUCAAAAGAAGAUACAGCAAAUACAAACAGUUGGCUACGUUCAAGGAACUAUUUUUUUUCAGGAGUUCAUGGCAUAAAAAUCUGGGGGAAUUUUCCAGCAAGAUUUAAUGCAUGUUAUAAACCAGGUCUUAUUAGGGAACUCCUCUUAUGAGUUAUGACUCUGAUUAGGAAUUCUUCGUUAGUUAGGAAUCAAAUCUGUCAAUUACUAAUCACCACAGCUAGGCUCCUCAGAUAAAGCAACUGAGAUCUAGCCCAUUCACAAGGAGCCCUGAGCAGCUCUACAGAGCAAUUACGCUCAGCCAUAUGAAGGAGACAAGCAGUUCUGGCUCACAGACUCAGGGUAUCACCAUCAUUGUGUCCCUCCCCUUGGUGCCAUUCUUGUUCUGGGUUCAGAGUUAAGAUUGUAGAGACAGAUUCUCAGAUAAUUUGAUGACCUAAAAUCCUAACUAUAAACACAGUUACACAGAAUUUUGCACAAAGUUUUGCCAAUACCCAGCUUUUUUUCAGCAGCUGCUCUCUUCAGUAACGUCUAGAAAUAUUCUUGCAAGCCAAUGACUUCUGUGAGCUUCUUGAAGCAAGCUGUGAAAGCAGCUUGUAAGGAAAACACAUGCAUACAGAGCUCUUCACAGCACAGCGUGCUCAUCUGCCCAUUGUACUACUGAUGAUUCUGAUUACAUGGUGCAGUGAAGGGGACACAGCUCAAUGUUGCACUUUGGCUACGUGUGCCCUUUCUGUUGAUUCCUAGUGACUGGGUUGGGAUGAACAGCAUUUAGCAGUCCUUUAACUAGACAUUUUCUUAGCUUGAAAUGCGUGAGAACUAGUGAGGUAAGCUAAGCCACCAGCAAAAUGAAACAG